GAAAAGAAACUAGGAUUUACCUGUAGCUGACUUGACUGGUAAUCCAGGUGAGAAGGGAGGGGUCCCUGAAAGCCUCAGUGGGCACUAGGGAAGCCUGGGUUGUGAUAUAAUUAAAGAGAACAGAACUCCAACUGAGGAUUCCCUGAGAUCUCCUUCUAGAGCAGACCAUGGCAGCUGGACACCUGGUGUUCCUAAGUACAGAAUGCAAAUGAGGCUCGGAAUAUGCUGACUCGGACAGAACGCUUUGCAUGUGAGAAGUAGUAUAAAUGAGUGGGAGAGCUGGUGUGAUCAGAAGCAUAUUUAUAACACAAUAAUUUAAUAUCCCCAGUGGGUGGUGGACCCUAUUCCCCAUGAGGUGAGCUGUAUGUGGCGAGAAUUUGCCCAGUGACCUGUCUUUUGCGGUGGUGUAAGACAACAGGGCGGGACUUCCCCAGUGGCCCAGUGGUAAAGAACCCACCUGCAGUUCAGGAGCCACAGGAAGCACAUGGGUUUGAUUCCUGCCUGGGUUGGGGAAGAUCCCUUGGAGGAGGGCAUGGCAGCCCACUCCAGUAUUCUUGCCGGGAGAAUCCCAUGGACAGAGGAGCCUGGUGAGUUACAGUCCAUAGGGUCGCCAAGAGUCGGACACAACCGAAGUGACUGAGCAUGCAUGCAAGACACAGGGUAUUAUGAAAUUCACUUUGGAGAAGUUCUUGGAAACAAUGGGUGGUGGUAACGAAUCCUUUAGCUGAUACUGUUUUCACUGGCCAGAAAAGAGGACAAGGGCUCACAGGGAAUGGGGCGUGGAGGGAAAAACAAGCUUGGAGUCAGACACACCUGGCUGUAAAAACAUUUGCCCACUUAGGCUUUGUAUCGAGAUCACCUGGGAGCUUGUUAAAAGUUCAGAUUCCCGGUCCUUUCACUGAGCUACUAAACCAGGAUCUCUCCGCUGGGGGUCAAAAGGCUCUUUUUAAAAUAAACACACAAGGUGACUGUGCUGUGAGGCUUCUCUUAGCGUUAGCUCUGUAAAAGGUGAGGUAGGAUUCAUGAUACCUGGAGUCAGGAUUAUGGUAUCCAUAUAAUGUCAUUUAAAAAACAGCAACAACAAACAGGUAGAUCAAACAAAGGCUGUAUAAACUUGUAGCUGUUACUAUUCUUGAGCCAUGGAUUUGCCUUCUUGAAGAUACUGUUCUUUUCUUUAGAGAUCUCAAGUUGAUGUCAUUUGCCUUGCUGAGCCUUAUUAACUGUGUUAACUCAGCUGGAGAAUCUUCACCCAAAUUAGCCCUUGUCCCCAAAGUUGCAAGUUGUUGUUUCUGAGGAUUGAUAAAAGCAACCUUUCCUGUUCCUUUUCGCUCUUUAAGUUUUGAUGACAUGGGUGUAAGGCCUUCUUCAGGUCGGGGAAUUUCUAUCGAACGAGAAAACAUCAAUUCGUUGUAACAGGUUGUCGACUCCAGUGAAAAGUCAAGGGCUUGGUGGGGGCGGAUCCGCCCGAGAAUGGUAACGUGUUCUGGCCCCAGAGAGGUGCGUGCACCUCGAGGGUUCCCAACACAGCGGUCUUCGGUGUGGCCCAUCUUGCUUUCAAUAGGCAGCAAGAGGCUGGAGGAAACGGGGGGCGGGGGAGGUUGGCGUUCUGCCCUGCAGUUCGAGAGAGUGAAGGUAGCUGCAAAACCCGGCAGGCUCCAGAGGCUGGUGCUGAGACGCGCGGAGGGGUGGGGCUGCCCGGCGAGGAUGAGCGCGUGAGGCCCCGAGGGAGGCGGGGGCGCAGCAUCCCAGGUGGGACGGGGGAGUGCUUUCCGGAAACCCUCCUUCGGCCUCGGGAUCCCGAUUGGCUCGGGCGGGGAGGUCGGCAAGGUCAAGACCCCCUCGGCGCCUUCUUCUGAUCCGCCCUGCCGCGGUUGAGCGGCUGUCGAGACGCGGGUUGCGGGGCGUGGCGGGGGCAUGCUGGCCAGGCGGCGGGGCGCGAAGGGCAGCGCGCGGGGGCCGGAGCGGCGCCCGGCCCGGGGCGCCCGGGGACCGGAUGGCGGAGCCCACGCGCGCCGCGGAGCCGGGGAGGUUUGCGCUCCGCUCGCCGCGCUGCAGGGAGGGCGCGGUGCCAGGCGCGAACGCCCAGAGACCCAAAAGGAAAGCUUUUUAUUUGCUGAGGAUGAAGCCCCUGAAGGAGCCCGCCCCCAACAACAACAACAACGUGUCCUUUGUGAUCCAUUGUCAACUGGGCAAGGAGAUCAAACACAUUUGCAGCAACUGCAGUCGUGGGGAGGACGCCCGGGACGAGAGGCUGUGCCGGAUGGCAGUAGGCAUCCAGGAGGAAAACCAUGCUGGAGAAAGGCGGGCACACAGCACAGGAGGCAGCACUCCUGCUGAGGAAGUGGAGAGGCUGGCGGCCAUGCGUUCUGACUCCCUCGUCCCAGGUACCCACACCCCACCCAUCCGGAGGAGAAGUAAGUUUGCCAACCUGGGGAGGAUCUUCAAGCCUUGGAAAUGGAGGAAGAAGAAAAGCGAAAAGUUCAAACACACGUCUGCAGCCCUGGAAAGGAAAAUAUCCAUGAGGCAAAGCAGAGAGGAGCUGAUAAAACGAGGGGUCUUGAAGGAAAUCUAUGAUAAAGAUGGGGAGCUCUCCAUAUCAAAUGAAGAUGACUCCCUGGAAAACGGGCAGUCCCUGAGCUCCAGCCAGCUGUCUCUGCCUGCCCUGUCCGAAAUGGAGCCAGUCCCGAUGCCCAGGGAUCCCUGCUCAUAUGAGGUGCUCCAGCCUGCUGACAUCAUGGAUGGGACAGUGUCCGAAGAGAGUCCCUCUGCCAGUGAGUCUGGAGCCCUCCUGUCCCAAGAUCCUUCAGCCAAACCAGUCCUGUUCCUGCCCCCCAAAAAACCUGCUGCUUCCCCUGGAGACCACGAGGACACCCCCGUGAAGCAGCUCUCUCUCCUCAAGCAGCCCCCCGCCCUGCCUCCCAAACCCACUGCCAGGAUUGGCAACCACUUACCAGAUCCUGGUGCCCCCGUGAAAUUGCCUUGCUUGCCAGUGAAGCUGUCGCCUCCGCUACCUCCAAAGAAAGUCAUGAUCUGUAUGCCUGUAGGGGGGCCAGAGCUCUCCCUGGCAUCCUACGCUGCCCAGAAGAGUGGCCCACAGGGUGGGGCCCAGCACCACCACACCGUCCUGCCCUCCCAGAUCCAGCAUCAGCUGCAAUAUGGCAGCCUGGGCCAGCACCUCCCCUCCACCACUGGCUCCCUGCCCCUGCACCCCUCGGGCUGCAGGAUGAUCGAGGAGUUGAACAAAACGCUGGCCAUGACCAUGCAGAGGCUGGAAAGCUCUGAGCAGCGGGUCCCCUGUUCUACUUCUUACCACAGCUCUGGUUUGCACUCGGGUGACAGUGUCACGAAAGCAGGACCUCUGGGCCUUCCGGAAAUCAGACAAGUGCCAACUGUUGUGAUUGAAUGUGAUGACAAUAAAGAAAAUGUGCCUCAUGAGUCAGACUACGAAGACUCUUCUUGCCUGUACACAAGAGAAGAGGAGGAGGAGGAGGAAGAGGAUGAGGAUGACGACAGUUCAUUGUAUACCAGCUCCCUGGCCAUGAAGGUAUGCAGGAAGGACUCCUUAGCCAUCAAGCUCAGCAACAGGCCCUCCAAGCGAGAGCUGGAAGAAAAGAACAUCCUUCCCCGGCAGACAGACGAGGAGCGACUGGAGCUGCGGCAGCAGAUUGGCACCAAGCUCACCAGGCGACUGAGCCAGAGGCCGACUGCGGAGGAGCUGGAGCAGAGGAACAUUUUGAAACCUCGGAAUGAACAAGAGGAACAAGAGGAGAAGAGAGAGAUCAAGAGGAGGUUAACUCGAAAGCUCAGCCAGAGGCCCACAGUGGAGGAGCUUCGGGAACGGAAGAUCCUUAUCCGCUUCAGCGACUACGUGGAGGUGGCCGACGCUCAGGACUAUGACCGCAGGGCCGACAAGCCCUGGACCCGCCUCACCGCUGCCGACAAAGCUGCCAUUCGGAAGGAGCUGAAUGAAUUUAAAAGCACUGAAAUGGAAGUUCACGAAUUGAGUAGGCAUUUAACAAGGUUUCACCGACCUUAACAGUCGAAUUCCUCUUGAGUGCUAUGCUGUCUUCAAAACAUAAAUUUAUAAGAACCAUAAGUGCUGGUAUUUAUUCACUUCCCCAUUAUGAUGUAAAUCUUAUGAACUGCCUUUUUUUAAAAAGAAGAAAAAGAAAAGGAAACACAGGAUUCUGUUUGCAAAAACGUGAUGGUUACGGCUCAGCUGCCAGCGCUGCCCAGGAUAAGGGACCGUGCCCCGUCCCGGGCCGGGGGCACCGAAGACUUGCCCGUGCUCAGAGCAGCCCUGGGCCUCUGGCCGGCAGGUACCACGUUCGCUGAGGCUCCCUCGAGCCUGUACCGCCCAAGUGUCUGUCACCUGAGUCCAGAGAAUACCGAGCCGGUGGAUCUGUCGUGGGACGACUGUGCAGAAGCAGGCGGCCCAGGGGUGGCGCCCGAUCAGGAGGAGGCUGCUGAAGGAGGCCGCACCACCCACGCGGUGAACUACGGGGAGAGCCCUUCCCCGGGGAGCCUGUGGUCACUGGGCUGGCCUCAGAGUGCGUGCGCUCCAGGUGUGGAAGGCUGGCACGAGUGCCUGUCCUGUCCCCUCGGGCCAAGCCGGCUGCCCUCCAGGAAGCUCUGGUGUCGCAGGGGAAGGCUGUCGUUAGACGAGCCCAGAGUCUCGGGGGAUCUUACGCAUGCCAGCAGCCUCUGCUGUCUCAGUGGCAUCACGUGUGCGAGCGUAAGGCCGCUGUGGAAGGUACCCAGGCUGGGGUGACCAGCCGCCUGGCUGAUGUUCAUUCUCUCUGCGUGUACCCCAGGGCUGGGGACCGGGUGGCCGGGCCCUUAAUCGCCUCUGAGUUGAGGACCAGGCCAGGAUCCAUUCCUGAACGGCUGGCUUCCCCCAGCAGGUCCUCCACAACCACCCGAGGCCCUUCCAGGCUGGCCGCGCCCGUAGGUGUCCGUGCAGAAGCCCCAGGGUGGGGGCAGGCACCGGCCCCGCCCACCGGGAGGUACCUGCUUCUCCAGGGAGCAUCCCUCCUCUCCCUCUGGAGGCUGGUGAGGGUGACAGAGGUCGGAUCUCUGUCCAUCCUCCUCACCUGUGAUCACAGGAGAGCGGUGACAGGGUGUGGCGGGGGGGACCUCUCCAGACCCCUACCGCUCUCCGCACGGGGCCACCUGAGCUACUUCCGGUUUCCUUCCCCUCCGGGCUAUGGCCGUGAAGCUCCACCUGGCCUCCUGCUGUGAUCUUGGUUGGUCCACCAGCUCUCCCGGUGAUGGCUCAAGCCCUACCAAACAGGCCCAGGCUUUUGGAGGAUGCCAGCUUAGCCUUCACCAAAAAAAAAAAAAAAAAAAAGAGGUAACCAGUUCCCACCCCAAGCCGCAUGGGAUCACAUUACCCUGGGGCUGCCCCGCCAUCACCAUGGGUGAGGGCAGGCUCCUUCUCCGCUGGCACUCAUGGCUCCCUGGGGCUGUGUCACCAUGCACCUGGCAGGGGAGCUCCGGCGGUGUUCCAGGCGGUGCCCGCCGGCCGGUACCAAGCUGGCACACGCUUUCCUUGCAGCGCCUGGCGCCCAGCCCUGGGAAGACGCGUCACCCCCUUCCUCUCUUCUUUGAAUGUUGAAUCCGGAUAGUUAACCGCUGUGGGUAGAGGCAUUGUUCAGGGAAAACGUGGCCAGGAUUUUAGCGUGGCUGUAAACAGUGUCUUCCCAAAAGACUUACUGACGUUUGAAUGUGCAGAUGGUGUGGUGAAGGAUACGGGGCUCUUCCGUGUAACUCCUCUACGUGGGCAUGUUUUCCUGGAGGUGCCCACCUUGGCCAGGGUCUGAGCCUGGGCUUCUAGUGUUGUGAUGGUCAGCCUUCUCCUGGCCCAAGAGCGAGUCCUAAGGGACCUCAUUCCCCUGCCUGGACGCCUCCCACACAGGCCAGGGGCUUCUCUGCUGGCCUGGGUUCCAGGCCUUUCAGUUUCUUGGGAACAUGAUGCCUCAGUCCAGUUCCCUGCAGCCCGCCUGCCAGGGGUUCCGGGUUCCCACCCAAAGUGCCCCAUUGUUGCAGCCACUUUGCAUGUGGAAGAAACGGAACACAGUUUCUGCUUCUCCUGCAGAGUAGCUUUUUCCGGAAGUAACUCCCUACAAAUUGAAGGGUGCCCCUCCCGUGUCACUGCCCCAAGCUAGGCUCUCCCGAGCCCAUUGGAAGCGGCUCAGCAACCUCUGUAGGUCACAGGAUGGACCUUCUGCUGUCUUUCCUUUCUUGAAAUCUUGAGGUGUUUACAGAAAUCUAUCCAAAUUUCCUUUUUGCCACAUUGUGAAAACAACUGAAAAAAAAUGUGUUUCUUUCCAAAAUGACAAUUUGAUAUGGUGGGGGUGGGGUGGGAAAAAGGUAGGCUGGCUGGUUUAUAGUGCGCCUCUUUUUCUGAAAAAGCUACCGUUUGAGCUUUGUGUCAUUUGCAUUAGCACAAGAACAACCUGAGAUUUCUCAAAUCAAAACGUUUCCCUCUGAUCAAUCAAACACUGCCCGAGGUCCCCACCCUAUCCAGGACUGAGGAGACUGCCAUGGGCCUACCUGCUCCUUGGAAAUCGCUGACCUAUUCCUCCCCAAAGGCCCUCAAAGCUCUGUAAAACUUUAGCCUUUAUGUCAGGUUAGAGAAACCAAACGAUGUGACGGUGGAUGUGAUGAAAACCUCCGAGCUUAUUUUUCUCCUGCCUAUGAACGUGUAUUUAUACUUGGUGAGUGAAACCUGUGCUGUGUGCUUCGGUGAAUGGAACUUCAGGCCCCCCUGUGCAGAGUCAGUGGGCGAAGGUCACCUUAGACGACUUUUUCCUCCCAUUUGUCUGUUGAUCCCCCACAUGGUUGCUUUCCUCUGGUUGCUUCCCGGGUGUCUGUACAUAGUCUGUCUUUGUACCGGAGCACACUCCCGUGUUCUGCUUUAACAGACGACGGCUGUAUGAGGAAGACAAUGUAAAUAGAAUACAAAUUAAACUGGAGCUCUAUGGCCUAGGUUUUGUACAGACAGAAACUGCAUGGUAUUUAAAUUAUUGUUUGUCUCUGAUGAUGUAUGCAGUUUCUUUAAAAACAAACCAAAAAAAAAAAAAAAAAAAACAUUUCCUUGA